UUGCGGUGUUACGAACUUUGAUGGAAAGUUAGGCAGCUUGACGACGCUUAUUUUUUUACGGUUUAUGGCUUCACCUGAUGAACAGUACAAACAGUUAUGCAAGAAAUACAAUAUCGAGGUGCAAGAAUGCGUGAGAGACAUUUUAAAGCAGGGAGAUAUCUUGGACUUUUCCAAUCAGACUUUGUCAGUAGGAACAUGUGCAGUGUUGGGGAAAAUUAUGCAAUCAUCUACUGUCUUUUCCAAGGGAAGUUUUGAAGACUGUUUGCUUGAAGAAGAUGCCAUCAAAUCAAUCCUGUUUGGGCUUUGUGGAAAUACCUCCAUGAAAACAGUAUCUCUCAAGGGAAAUAAUAUUCAAGGCACUGCCACUAAUGCGUUGGCCAAGAUGUUGCAGCAUAAUGUUACCAUUGCUAGGCUGUCAUUGGAAUGGAAUAACAUAGGUCUGUGUCCAGAGAGCUUUGCAGCCUUUUGUGAAUCUCUUAGUGGCAAUUCAACCCUUCAGUUUCUCGACUUACGGAGUAACCAGUUGGGAGCUGAUGCAGCAGCAAGUCUUGCUCAGGCUUUGAUGAGAAAUAGCAAGUGCUCGACAAUUAAUAUCAGAUGGAAUUGCAAAUUAGGUGGAGCUGGAGGGAAGGCCUUGCUUGAGAGCCUCCGGCACAACAAAAGCCUGACUCAACUUAACCUUAUAGGAAAUAAUAUUCCUAAUGAUACCUUGAAUAGUAUAGAUCACAAGUUGAAUGAAAACAGCAAAUCAUUUGCUUUGACAAAGGAGUUUACCAGCAGAACCGAGGUGUUACAGCAACAGUUGGAACAGCAGGAGAGAUAUUCAACCCACCAAAUAGAGAGACUUGAACAGCUGGUUUCAAAGACUGACUUGGCUUUGAAUAAAACAAUAAAAGAAAGUGCAUUUUACACGGGCCAACUAGAGGAAGAACUGCGAUCUAAGAAAUUAGAAAUUGAAUCCUUGCAAGCAAAGAUAGAGCUACUUAAUUCAGCACUGCGUUUGCAUCAAGAACGUGCAUCUUCUCUCGAAAAGCAAAAUAGUUCUCUUCAAGAAGAAUUACAGAAAAGCCAAGAAGAAGCACAUGCUCAGAGUAACAAAGAUAGAGAGUUGCUUGAUCAAUCCCGAUCUGAGAGCAGUCGGGAAAUUCGCUCACUUCAAGCUACUGUCAGCAGGUUAGAAGCUCAGGUUGGUGAUCUUGAGUUUCGAUACAGCAGUCAGAAGACACAUGUGACUGAUCUCAAAGAGACAAUUUGUUCCCUACAGUCUGAGGUUAAAGGUGCUAGAAUUGAAUGUGAUGGUAUUAUAUGUGCAUGCGUCAUAAAAUUUAGAGGAUUAAAUAUAUAUGGCAUCUAA